GAACUGGGAAGCAGGCUCCGGCGUUCACGGCUGGCACCGGCUGUGCCUCUCGUUAAGCAGCCCCUUCUCGACAGGUGGCAUUUUUCUGAAAUUGUUCACUGCGAAUUCCUGGCAUUCCCGCAGAUACACUAGGUGAGGCUGCUGAGCUCAGAGCCCGGACAUGGCAGCAUGACAGCCCAGGACCGGCGCCAGGAUCCCGGAGAAAGGAGCCCUGGGCUGUAGGAGUGAGUCCCCCCAGCAGCGACUUCCUGCUGAGGCCGCCCGAGCCUCCUUCUCCACCGGCUUUUUAUUAACUCCGUGGACUCCUGCCUCUUUCCGCCUUGAACAGCAAUAUGUGUCAUGUCAUUGUCACCUGUCGCUCGAUGCUCUGGACCCUCCUGAGUAUUGUGGUGGCGUUUGCAGAGCUCAUCGCCUUCAUGAGCGCAGACUGGCUGAUUGGGAAAGCCAAGACCCGCGGCGGCGGCGGCGGCACGGAUCCCGAGGAGCGGGGUGGCCUCUCGGAGCCCCACCACCCGACCCUGGGCAUCUACGCCCGCUGCAUCCGCAACCCCGGGGUGCAGCAUGUCCCGCGAGAGACGCUGUGCGGGCCCUACGCGGAGAACUUCGGGGAGAUCGCCAGCGGCUUCUGGCAGGCCACUGCCAUCUUCUUAGCCGCGGGCAUCUUCAUCCUCUGCAUGGUGGCCCUGGUGUCUGUCUUCACCAUGUGUGUGCAGAGCAUCAUGAAGAAAAGUAUUUUCAACGUUUGUGGGCUGUUGCAAGGAAUUGCAGGCCUGUUCCUUAUCCUCGGCUUGAUACUCUACCCUGCUGGCUGGGGCUGCCAGAAGGCCGUUGCCUACUGUGGACACUAUGCAUCGGCCUACAAACCUGGAGACUGCUCCUUGGGCUGGGCCUUUUAUACUGCCAUCGGUGGGAUGGUCCUCACCUUCAUCUGUGCCAUCUUCUCCGCACAAGCAGAAAUUGCAACCUCCAGUGACAAAGUACAGGAAGAGAUUGAAGAGGGGAAAAACCUCAUCUGCCUCCUUUAAUUUGGAAGAGACAUUUAUACCAUUUUCUUCCAUGUUUAUCCUUGUGAAACAGUUCACCUCUGGUUUCAUCAUCUGAGUCAAGUGAAGAACUAGCCUUUAACUACCAAAUCCACAUUCCACAGCCCUGAGCCUUAACAGGACCAAUGAGAGGCAACAUCCAGCCAAGCAAAGUGGCUGCACAUGAGGGCCACAGUGCAAAUUGUAAGAGAUGGAACAUGAAAACAGUACAUAAACCCUGACAUGUGUCAGACAGCAUCACCCCCAAGGCACAGUGAAGGAGAAUGCUCUCAACCAUGAAAGCAGCAUUUCUCUGGUAACCAGAAGAGACUGUUAGCCAGAUUUGCUGGCUAUUCAGAGGUGUGGGGUUUUUGUUUCCUCCUGGUUCUUUCAAGUGUCUCAGUUGAAGACUACACACUUACUGGGAGUGGGAUGUGUGCUAAAAGGCAUCAUAGCAAGACACGAUCUUUCUUAGCUCACCAACGGGAUCAAGCAGGGACUGUGGAAUUCUGUUGUGGAACUUAUUGGAAGCUAAAUUCCAGGGUCAGGUGAAUCAAUUGAACUGUCACUCCAAGAUUAAAGCAAAAAAUAAGGGCCUAUAAGAUUAUGAGAAUUAAAAAAUCCUGCUAGUGGAGACAAAUGCAUUCCACUUCCCAGCAGCCAAGCUAGCGCCAGUACUGGCCCAGCCUCCUCUUCCACCAGAGAUCACAUGUUUUUCUCCUAGGCUUGGGAUUGCACUGACUGCCAAAGGAAACCUCACUGUUUCCUCAUUCCAGGACAGAGGUCUCCAAACCAGAUGUGGCUCAUUCAGAUAUUCACUGGGAGAAACUGCCAGAACCUCAGCACUUACGGGGAGACCUUUUCCCACUGUUUGGUAACCAUGCUGUAGUCAGCUAUAUUUUCAACCCCAACAGCAAAAUGCUAUUCUGUGCAUUAACCCUUUGCGGUCCAAUUUUAUUUUUGGAAUUCAAACAGGCUGGUCCAAAUUAAUUGACGGGAUUGAAUGUUGAAUCGGUUUGCAGUGUCGACCUCAGCCUCGACGUUGGACCUGCUCUUAGCGCCUGGUCUGUCGAGUCAGCCUCCAUGUUGGACCGAAAAGGGUUAAAAAAAGAGCUAAUCAUGGGACUUAAGUUUUUUUAGUUACUGGUUGAUCCUGAAAGCAGACUAAAAUAACAUUAAAUUGUUGCAAAUGCUGAGCUGCAUCAAAGGCUUCAUUCCCAGGAAAACAGAGUAGAAAUUUAAUGCAAAAUAAGAGAGCUAGACCAAACUUACAGCACCUGCCUGUACCUGUUUACAAAAAGAAUCAACUACCACUAUUAAAAAAGUUUUGGGUGCUUUUAAUCUAGUUUCUAUAAAUUAACAAUAUCAUUGAUUCAGGAAAAUGGUAUUAGCCAUCACCUCAUAUUUACUUUGAAAUGAUCGAAGUGGCCAGAAAGAACCUAGUCUGAUAUUAUCCUAAGAUUAGAAUUGAAGAAAUACAGAAACACUCUAUAACAACUUAAGCAAGUGGGAUGGACCUGCCAGAUUUCUGGAAGGAUUAGGUCUCUUUUGGUUUAUGAAUCUGCUCACUUGAGGGCUUGCUUCAUUUUGAAAAUUUAACAAAUAAUUACAUACAUUGUUUGGGCAAGGUAUUAUGUACUAAGUGCCACCAGACAUAGAACCCUGAUUCAGAUUUUACAGCCAUGCCUAGUGCAGAAAAACUAAUUCCUUUAUGUGUUGAUGGAAUGGAACAACUAAAGUCUCAUUCUCUUCUGGCCUUUGGCCUAUACCAGAAACGAUCUUUUCUUAUAGAUUAAGAGUUAAGGGCAGGAGAAGAAAGGGUGUAGAACCAGGCCUUAAUGAGCUCACCACUCUUAGUCCAAAGUUCAGAAUAAGCAAAAUGUAAAUCCUAUGACUUUCCUUAACAAGAGAAGGGUUCAGGAAACAUUAAUCUAUCUCUGACACCACACAGAAAUAGGUUAUGGCAGCCACUGGAUUUGGCUCCUGUACCUGAUGGAGUGUUUAUAUGCUCUAACCAAGUCCCGAUGCCAGCAAGCCCUGGCAAUAAUUUUCAUUUAAAAAAAGAAAUUUGCUUCAUCAGGCAAAUAAUUUUGAUAAAAACACCAAUUUUUCUUAAAUGUAUCAUCAGAAGAUUCACUCUACUGUUUUUUGGUAUAAGAUAAAGAACCCAUUUUCUAACACGAAUUUUACGUUCUCACUCUCCUUACAGACAAGUUGUCAUAGCCCAGAGGAUCCUUUGAGCAAGUCCCUCAUCCCUACUGCCCAACUGCUCCUUGGUUAAGGUGGCAGUGUAUCCCUAGAUCACCUUGAUAAUAAAAGUCACUUGACAGUGUCUACUUCAUUAGUCUCAAUGCUCAGAAGACAAAAAGCACAUGCACACACAAAACCCCAAACCACUGAAACUACUCAAACACUGGCCUAGUAAGCGGUAAUGUUGGGCCUUUUAAACCUUCAGUUCACUAGCCAAGCUUUGGUUGGAAGGAAUGGAACAUUCAAAAUCAUGCAAAUCUAGACCAAAACUGCAUAGCUGAUUAAAAAGAACAACACACUAAAUAUGAGGAAUAUGGUGAAAUAAAUGUGUACAAAAUAAUUAGACUGAUUGACCCACACCUAUUUUUCUAAUUUCUAUCCCCUAAUUGCCUCAGUCUAAAAAUCUAAUAUACCUGCACCAUUACAACUACCAGAAAAGUCUUAUUUAUUUUUGCCUGCAUUUGUGCUUAAAGUUUGUGAUGGCUGGGCUUCUCAAUGGACUCCAAAAAGGCAGAAAUACUUGUUUUGGACUCUGUGGAUUCUUUAAACCUGUGUGCUAAUUCAACAAUGUUACAUUAAUUGUGUAAGGGUUUUUGUAUAGUUUUCAAACAUCUGUGGUGUAAUGAUCUUUGUUAAAACACGUAUUCUGUAAAGUGCCAUAGUCUUUUUUUAUGUGUAGCAUAUUUAAAAUAUAUAUAUAUUAUACAUACACAAGUCUGUGUGAAAGAUGUGCAAUAACAAAGGUGUAUGUAUGUUUUGUUUUUUGGAAACUGGACAGGCGUCAGAACAGGGCUUGUUUCUGUUUUGGCAAAGGAGAGUUAAACAGUUUUGCCUUUAUGGCCUAGUAUUUAACCCAUAAUGAUUUUAAUGCUACACAAACCUAUGUGAAGAAAAGACUGGUAUGAAAUAAUUUUUUCUGGGUCUAAAUUAAAAUAGUCACUAGAUUCAUGUGAACGUUAAGCUGGCAAGCAGGCCCAGUUAAUGCUAGUCUUUCAUGUGAAAUGUGAAGCUGCCCUUUUGCCUUUUCUGUUAGUGUGAUAACUAGUAGCUGGUACAUAAUCACUAAGGAGCUAUUUCUUAACAUGCUUUGAUAGACCAUGUUAAUGCUAGACCACUAUUUAAGGGCUGAUCUCACACCUUCUUAGCCAUAAGAGUCUGGCCUAGAACAGACUUCUCUGUGCAAUAACACGUGGCCACUGGAAAUCCCUGGCCUGCAUUUGUAUUUGGGCAGCAAUGACUCCCAAGGGCCAAAAGAGUUACAGGCACGACUGGGAUUUCUUCUGAGACUGUGGUGAAACUCCUUCCAAGUCUGGGGGGAGUCAUUAGGUGCUUUGGAGGAACUCAGCACCACUUGAUAAUUCAACAGCCACUUGAGCCAAAUAUGAAAUUGUAUUUACCGCUGAUGGACUAGAUUUGAGCCUUCAAAUUUGUGGUUAUUCUAUUAUAUUGUAAACUAAUACAUUGUUUGUCUAGCAUUGAUUAGGUCCCUGUGCAUAUGUAUUUUCACAACAUGUUGCUCCCUUCCUUUCCCCAGAUCUGAAUUAAACCAGAUUUUGCAAACUCA